GAAAUGCUCUCUUUUAGGAGGUUUUAGAAAAACGUAAACAAAAACAUAUCAUGGCUGACGAACACAAUUCCAGUACCUCAAAUAUUUCAAUACUUCCGUCUUGUACAAUAUUUCCAGAUAAUCCCAGUCACUGCACUCACUUGAUAGCUGUGAGAAGGACUUUUGCUGCUAUUUCUCUGAUAGGAUGUGUUUUCAUCAUAUUUGUCAUCUGGCUGUACAAGAAGUACAUCGCAUUCUCUCAGAGGCUGAUAUUAUACAUGACCAUUGCUGGAUUCAGUAUCAGCAUAGCAUACUUGAUGGGUGAUUUGCAUCCUGACGGUCCACUUUGCGAGUUCCAGGCAUUCUGGAUGCAGUUGUUUCAGUGGGGUGUGCUGACAUGGAUCUCGUGCAUCACGUUUAACCUGUUUGUCAAUGUUGUGUGGCAGAGGCAUACUGAACAGUAUGAGUGGAUGUACCAUAUUGUAUGCUGGGGGCUGUCUCUGUUGAUGGCCUGUCUACCCUUUAUUGGGGACCACUACGGACCUGCUGGAGCUUGGUGUUGGGUUGUAAAUAACUGGAGGUGGAGAAUUGGGGUCUGGUAUGGCCCACAAAUUGUUACGCUGGUAAUCCUCAUGGUUGUGUAUACGUACAUAUCAUGUGUCCUCAGCAAUAAGGUCUCCACCUGGCAAGGAACCUAUGAUCCUGACACAGAAAGGAACAAGCAAAUGUUGAAGGAGGAUAUCAAGCCAUUGAGGCUGUACCCGUUUGUGUACCUGGCGAUCUCCAUCUUCCCUAUUAUCAACAGAAUACAGAAUGCUGUUGAUGCUGAACACCCCGUGUUUGCCUUGAUGAUCCUGCAGGCCAUCUUUGGACCCUCACAAGGUUUUCUAAACGCCAUUGUGUUUGCAAUGGACAGAGAGACGUUCCGCAGGUUAACCCCAUCCCAGAUCAAGAUGGCUUGGGACAGUCGGAGACACUCGGACAAAAUUCAUGAAUACCCGCUCACUCAAACACUCUUCGACACUGAGCCACUCUUGAGAUGAUCUUGGUUAAACAGAGGCUUGCAAAAAGUCUGGCCCUGAUGAAUAAGUUUAGUGAGAGGGCACUCAUUCAUGAGUUUCCGGAUUCCCCUGAUACCUCGGAGUAUUGAGGGAAUGUCAAAAUGGACUGACUGUACACAGAGCAUUGUCUAUUUGACUAUGGACUCAUGUACACAGAGCAUUGAAUUUUUGACUCAGGACUGGAGGCCUGGGGGCUUAAAUCCUAUGAAUGGUGUUAUAUCUACAAGAGUAUUUCUGAGAUUUAACUAUUGCCUAAAUGCUUUUUGAUGAAAUGGCCCACUGUCUUUAAAUUACAAUCUAACAACAAAAUGUAAUAACACCAUUGGAUAUUAAUGUUUACAUACAUCAUACUUAACAAGAACAUCUUAUUAACAAGCAGGCAACAAAAUGUCAUUAGAUUAAACACUAAGUGAGGGUCAAAAAUAAUUUGUUAAUGUACUUAUCAUAGAGUAAUAUUUCCAGCUAAAAGUUUAUUUAGAAAUAAAUCUCUUAUACAAUCAAUAAUAAUUUAUUUGUAAAUUUGAUUCUACAAUAUGAUCAUUGAUUUGAUAGGCACUGAGUGUAUAAAUAUAUUGUACUGUGAUAUUCAGUGCAUUUUAUUCAAUAAAAAACAGAGUUUUAUAUGCAGUGUGAAUGAAAUCAAGAUGAAAACAUUUGAAUAAAUAGAUUUAAAAAAAUAAGAAGUUCAUUUGACAAUGUAAUUUAACAAUGAUUUAUAGAAUAAUAUUCAAUAAUACAGGCUUAAGUUAACACAGAGCACUUCCUAAUGGAAUCACAGAGCAAGACUUAGAUCUGCUCAAACACAGAGCAGGCUCGAAAUGAUGAUUAUGGUGCAAAAGUUUUUCUUUGAGAUUUUUAUUUACCUUCAAACCUCAAAGAUUUGUUGUAAUUAUUAUUUGUAUAUGUAUUUUUAUGAUAUAAAAUGUUAAAUUUACUUAUUAUAUGUGUAUUGUUGUUUGUGUUGUGUUUUUGUUUAUUGUGGAGUGAUUUAAAAUAGAUUGUUAUAUACUUUGCCAUAAAUAAAUUUUAAAUCCAAGAUGGAUUACUUGGCGGCUAUAAUAUAUUUUUUCUAAUUUUUUUUGUACUAUUUUUGAUUAACAAAAACAAAACCAUCAAGACUGUUUAAAAAUACAUUGGGUUUUCUCACACUGACUGUUGAUAAAAAGUAAUGAUUAAAUGAGGAUAAGUUGUACACAGGCAGAAAAUGGUAUCAAUAAAGUCAAUUCUUUUGGUUGGUUAAAGUAAGUCUAAAUGUAUGUUGACUGCGUUGACCAACUAAAUUGUUUGCUUUUUUAAACUGACCAAAAUAGAAUCUGCGAAUAAGUUAGCCAGUUUUGUACAAUUGACUAAUAAGCUUCCUCAUUUCAAUAAUUUAAAUGUUUAAUAGUGUUUUUUUUAGCUCACCUUAGCCAUAGGCUGAGGGUGAGCUUUUAGGAUCGAUGAUUGUCCGUCAUCUGUCGUCCGUCCACACUUAGUUUAUUAACACUCUAGGGGUCACAUUUUUGCCUCAAUUGUCACGAAACUUGGUCAGGAUGUUUGUCCCAGUAUUUAACUCGGACGAGUUCGAAUAUGGGUCAUCUGGGGUCAAAAACUAGGUCACAGCGCCCAAAUAUGGAAAAACCUUGUUAACACUCUAGAGGUAGAAUUUUUAGCCCAAAUAUCCUGUAAAUAUGUCAGAAAGGUUGUUUUGAUGAUUUCUAGCUCAAAUUCGAAUAUGGGUCAUCUGGGGUCAAAAACUUGGUCACAGAGCCCAAAUAUGGAAAAACCUUGUGAACACUCUAGAGGUAACAUUUUCAGCCCAAAUAUCCUGGAAAUUUGUCAGAAAGGUUGUUGUAAUGAUUUGUAGCUCAAGUUUGACUAUGGGUUAUCUGGGGUCAAAAACUAGGUCACAGAGCCCAAAUAUGGAAAAACCUUGUUAACACUCUAGAGGUAACAUUUUUAGCCCAAAUAUCCUGUACAUAUGUCAGAAAGGUUGUUUUGAUGAUUUCUAGCUAAAUUUCGAACAUGGGUCAUCUGGGGUCAAAAACUAGGUCACAGAGACCAAAUAUAGAAAAAACCUUGUUAACACUCUUGAGGUAACAUUUUCAGCCCAAAUAUCAUGUAAAUAUGUCAGAAAGGUUGUUUUGAUGAUUUCUAGCUAAAGUUCGAAUAUGGGUCAUCUGGGGUCAAAAACUGGGUCACAGAGCCCAAAUAUGGAAAUACCUUGUUAACAAUCUCGAGGUAACAUUUUCAGCCCAAAUAUCCUGGAAAUUUGUCAGAAUGGUUGUUUUGAUGAUUUCUAACUCAAGCUCGAAUAUGGGUCAUCUGGGGUCAAAAAGUGGGUCACAGAGCCCAAAUAUGGAAAUACCUUGUUAACACUCUAGAGGUAACAUUUUCAGCCCAAAUAUCCUGGAAAUUUGUCAGAAAGGUUGUUUUGAUGAUUUCUAGCUCAAGUUCGAAUAUGGGUCAUCUGGGGUCAAAAACUAGGUCACAGAGCCCAAAUAUGGAAAUACCUUGUUAACACUCUAGAGGUAACAUUUUCAGCCCAAAUAUCCUGGAAAUUUGUCAGAAAGGUUGUUUCGAUGAUUUCUAGCUCAAGUUCAAAUAUGCAUCAUCUGGGGUCAAAAACUAGGUCACAGAGCCCAAAUAUGGAAAUACCUUGUUAACACUCUUGAGGUAACAAUUUCAUACAUCAGAGAAGCCAAAUCCCUGUUAUUGCCCUUUUUAAUUAUCAACAAGUCUACAGCACAAUGUUUUAUUGAGGCGGCGAUAUAGGGCCAUCUUGGCCCUCUUGUUAUAUAAAUAUUGACCAUUUACAUUUUGGACAAUUUUGUGCUUUUCGUUGUGUUCAUAUUCAAUGAGCUAAAUAUUCCAUGACAUACAUCUUUUUACUUUUUACUAUGUUGUUUGCAUUUUUUAUAAUUUUAUAUAUAUAUCGGUACUCUUACACUUUGGGUGUCAUCAUAAGUUUGAUUGUUACCAUAGAACCUAUAAACACUUGUAAUAAUUCUUUUUUUUACAACUGAUCUAAACCUCAAUAAUGGAAGUCUAAGAUUCCAAAGCAAAUUUUCAAAAGUUCCAUUUUUUUGUAUGUUAUAACCCAAAUAAAACUAUUCUAUCAUGUUAUUUGUUGCCUUGGCAUUUAACCUUUGACCCCCUAAUUGCCACACUAGGAAAGUGUACACUCUGACAAUGGGGCCUGUUUCAAUAUAAAAGUUCCAAGUUGAUAUGUUUUGGUUAUAAUUUCAUUAUUAAGCUAUAUAUUUUGGUGAAUUGUAUUUAUUAUUCACGCUGAAAACUAAGUUGAGAAAGUGAAAAAAAUAGACCUGUUACCACCUGUGAUGUUUCGCCAUAUUUAAUAUUUUUAAAAAAAUCCUUUAUUGGAUCUGGCCUCUAGCUUCAUUACCUUGAUUAGCUACCAACCAUCCAACCAGAUGGUCAAAUUAUUACUUUAAUGCUAGUAAGUUAUUAUCUAUUUACAUGUAUAUUUCAAUUUUGCAUAGCAUUUUUUUUAUCUCCACUGGGUUGCGUGCAAUGUGCUGUGUUUUGUACUUACAUUAUUCUUGGAGUUAAUUCCAGAAGGUUCCAAGUGGCAUUAAAGUGUGAAAGGACUUGGUUCGUUCUAGAAUCAACCAUACAAAUAAUGAAAAUUGUGGAAAAAUGGGAAUCUCGUUGUUUCUUGGCAUUGUUUAUAUUUAUUUAAUUUAUAAUGUGUUGUUACAUGAUACAGUCAUAUUUAUUGUAAGACUCCAAGACUAUAGAUAUCGGCUUAUUUCCUUAGAAAUGGAUUCCCAUGUUAAAUGAUAUACCUUACAUGCACUGGUUCUUUGGUGUUUUACACUAUGCUGUAGUAUUGCGUCUCAUCUCAUUUUUCAUGUUGAAGGGUAUAGGGACCAAAGCUUUUUAUCAAUGUAUAAUGCAUGUCAGUUUAAUUCCAUUAAGUGUCAGCAAGUCUAAGCAUUUAAAUUUUUUAAAAAUCUGCAAUUUGGAAAAAGAAAUUGUAACAUUACGAGUAAAAUAUGUUGUUGUUUUUUAAAUAAGAAUAUUUGAAAAAAAAAACAAUCGUAUGAUAAAAUGGUUGAUAAGAAGGUUCCAUUUUAUAGUUUAAAUUUUAGCUUUAAGAUUGCUUGUAUUGGGCUUUUAUUCAAAUCACUAAAUUCUUGUUUUCUUUACAUUCUACUUUUUGGUACCAACUGCUUGAGCUGUUUUUCUACAUAUUUGAAUGUUUUAUAUCAAUGCAAACAUUUUCUGAAUAAAUGGGCAAAAAAGUCAA